AUGUCUCCUGAUCAACAGACAUCCUACAAACCAUCCUUUGAUUCUGAUGGUAUUAGCAGGUCCUCCACUUUAAGCACUGCCAACAGCAGCAGUGGGCAUUCAAUCACCAGCAGUGCGUUCAAAGAGCUUUUGAAGAGAAAUCCUCAGCAAGUCUCAGCCCGCUACCUCAAGGAGGACAAGUUGAAACGUUAUCUGCGCUCGAAGUUCCGGCCAGAAGAGUGGGAAGUACAUCGGAUUUUGAGCAUGGAGUAG